AAAGAAAAAAAUCAAGACGGUUUGUCUAUAAAAACCAAAAAACUCUGUCCAUUCUUUUAUCUCUCUGGUUCUGACAAGUUGAAGGAUCACUCUCUCAACUCUUAUCUUCUUCAUGGGGAGCAACCAGGAGGCUUCAAUGGCACCGAAAGCUAUAAGAUGCAAAGCUGCAAUAUGCAGAAACGCUGGAGAGCCACUUGUAAUAGAAGAGAUUGAAGUUGACCCUCCGAAAACUUGGGAGGUUCGCAUCAAGAUCCUUUGCACUUCCCUUUGUCACAGUGAUGUAACCUUGUGGAAACGGAAGCUAGGCCCUGUUUCAGCAUUUCCAAGAAUUUUCGGACACGAGGCUGCUGGCGUUGUUGAGAGUGUUGGAGACCAUGUUGAAGAAGUCAAAGAAGGAGACUUGGUGUUGCCUGUGUUUGCUCCGAGCUGCGGAGAGUGCAGGGACUGCAGGUCAACCAAGAGCAAUAUUUGCUCCAAAUUUGGAGUAGAUUCUGGUUUGAUCGGCAUGCCAAGGGAUGGAACAAGCAGAUUCAGGGACAUGAAAGGGGAUGUCUUGCACCAUUUCUUGGGUGUGUCAAGCUUUACGGAGUAUACAGUGGUGGAUGUUGCCCAUGUGGUGAAGCUCAGCCUUGACAUCCCAGUUGAUAAGGCUUGCUUGCUCAGCUGUGGAAUUUCAACAGGGGUAGGAGCUGCGUGGAAGGUUGCAGGAGUGGAGGAGGGAUCUACGGUGGCUAUCUUCGGACUGGGGGCAGUGGGACUCGCAGUUGCAGAGGGAGCUAGGCUACUUGGUGCUUCAAAGAUUAUUGGAGUGGAUUUGAAUCCUGAAAAGUUUGAGAUAGGGAAAAAAUUUGGGCUAACUGAUUUCAUCAACCCUUCAACUUGUGGGGAAAAGUCUGUGAGCCAAAUCAUUAAGGAAAUGACAGAUGGAGGUGCUGAUUAUUGCUUUGAGUGCAUUGGAUUGGCCUCAUUAAUGGCGGAGGCCACGAGAAGCAGCCGAGAGGGAUGGGGCAAAACGGUGAUACUUGGACUGGAAAUGCAUGGCUCGCCAUUAAGCCUGAACCCCUAUGAGAUGCUCAGAGGCAGAAGCGUCAGUGGCGCACUGAUUGGAGGGCUAAAACCCAAAUCUGAUAUUCAACUGCUCGCCAAGAGAUAUAUAGACAAAGAGCUUAAUUUAGAGGAGUUCAUAACACAUGAAGUGAGCUUCAAGGAUAUAAACAAAGCCUUCGAUUUGCUUCUCCAAGGGAAGAGCCUGCGUUGCAUGAUAUGGAUGGAUAAAUAGCUUAAUUAUAUUUGAAAACAUUACUAAUACUUGUAUUUUCAAAAAUAAUCAAAUAGAAUUUGUGAUUUUAAAACUACAACCUCUCGUUAAAUUUUAGUAUGGCUGUCUCAUAAUUGUAAUUUUUCUAUUAUCUUUCCAUGUACCUAAAGGAUGAUGAUACAUCAUCAUUCAUGUUGCUGUUGAACGACGUAUCCGUUAAAUCAAAAUUAUAAUAAAGAGAAUCAUUUCGCAUA